AUGUUCCUCAAGCUCUUGGCAUUCCUCGUCGUCCCUGGACUUGCUCUUCCGGAGGACGAUCAUGCACUAGCACGGGACGAUGAGUGUUCCAGCGACAAGACGUGCUCUGUUCAGGCACUGCAGAUGCGCCGCUCGAAAGGCACGCUUCUGGAUGAGGAUGCAUGCAGUGGCACCGGGGAGCUCCCAUCUUCCGAUGACCUCUGCUACACGGGGGCAUUCCUCGUUGAAAAGUUCUUUGUGAAGCUCUCAAAGCAGACCGCAACAAGCGGCAGCGUUGACCUUCAAGCUGUCGGGCCAAAGACGACCACUUGUAAUGGUGCACAGUUCCAGCAGUCCGGAUCAGACAUCACUGUGGAAGACACGACGGACUGUGGGCUUGUUCCUGGCACAGACUACACAGUCAAGUACUGCUCCAACCAAGACGAGAUCGUUGUUCACAUGCUCAAGCCCAUGGAUGUGAGUGUGGUGUUGAGCCGCACUCCGUGUGCUGAGGCCAAGCCGCAGCUUCAAGCACUCAUGCAGGAGCACGCAGUCUCCGAGUCUGAGCGGGGCUGCAGCGGCUAUGGAACCUUCCCCAGGGGUGGGGUGUGCUACUCCGGGGCGUUCCUGGUCGAGUCCCUGUAUGCGAGGGUUGUCACGCAGGGUGCCCACCACGGAUAUGUGAACAUGAAGGCCGUUGGGCCAAAGCACGGCCAGUGCUUUGGUGCCGGCUACAGCCAGCAUGGGCAGUACAUCAGCGUGAACGCUGCCAAGUGCGGCUUGAGUGGCAUGUCCUACACGAUCAGGUACUGCCCCGACCAGGAUGUCAUCAAUUUGCAGAUCACCGCUCCCUUGGCGGGCAACGUGGUUAUGCGACGAUCCGGCUGUUCGGGAGUCCUCCUCGAGGAAAGCCAGGCCAUCGCGGAGCCUGUGCUGCCUUCGCCCAUGGGUCUGCGGCCGCCGUCGUGGGUACAAGACUUGCUCAAGGCCAGCACGCAGGCCCUCGUGGAGGAGCACGCAGUCUCCGAGUCUGAGCGGGGCUGCAGCGGCUAUGGAACCUUCCCCAGGGGUGGGGUGUGCUACUCCGGGGCGUUCCUGGUCGAGUCCCUGUAUGCGAGGGUUGUCACGCAGGGUGCCCACCACGGAUAUGUGAACAUGAAGGCCGUUGGGCCAAAGCACGGCCAGUGCUUUGGUGCCGGCUACAGCCAGCAUGGGCAGUACAUCAGCGUGAACGCUGCCAAGUGCGGCUUGAGUGGCAUGUCCUACACGAUCAGGUACUGCCCCGACCAGGAUGUCAUCAAUUUGCAGAUCACCGCUCCCUUGGCGGGCAACGUGGUUAUGCGACGAUCCGGCUGUUCGGGAGUCCUCCUCGAGGAAAGCCAGGCCAUCGCGGAGCCCGUGCUGCCUUCGCCCGUGGCGGUGCAGCCACCGUCGUGGAUGCAGAAUGGUGUCAGCACUGCUGUUGCCUGCAGUGGCGAGAAGGCUCUUCCAAGUGACAGCGAACUGUGCUAUCAAGGCACCCUGUUGGUUGAGACGCUGAGUGUUCGGGUCCUGGAGCACACGGAGAACGGUGGAACCGUCAACAUGAAGGCUGUCGGUCCUCAACAUGGGGAAUGUAAAGGUGCGGUCUUCCACCAGUCGGGCUCCAACUUGACCAUCAAUGAUGCCAAAGGUUGCGGCUUAGAUGGAGCAGAGUACAAGGUGCAGUACUGCUCGGACCAGGAUCAAGUCGUUGUUCGCUUCGUCAAGCCCAUGCAAGUGGAUGUGGCACUGGCGAGGGCAAAGUGUGAAGCAAGCCUCGCUUAA